CACGACGACGGUUUAGUCUAGGCGGCCCAAACGAUGGCGCACGGGCAUGCAACAUCGGGCCCACGCUCGUCGGCGGCGGCGUCGACGAUUGCGAUUGAGCCGCCCGUGAUCCUUUCGCAGGCUUCUCGGGAUGCGCUGCAGAGGGCCAGAAGGCAGCUGUGGGAGGGCGAUGUCAAGAGCAGCGAGCCACGGGACGAUCUCGGCGAUGUCGUCGAGCGUGCCUGGUUGGACAAGGAGGCGCCGGCAGGGGACCGGCGGCCGCUGUUUGCAAAGAUGGAGAAGCUACUGGCAGAACGGGGCGGCGACUUUUCGAAGUUGCAUUCGAGCCAGUUCAAGAGGAGCUCCACGGCGGAGCAGCAGGGUGACGUCAAGCGGGACGACAAUGACGAUGACGACGAACACGAGCUCGACCUCGGUGUUGCGAAGCUAGGCGAAGAAGGGCAAGAAAAGACUGGCGACGAGAAGCAAGCGGGAGGAGAAGAUGCACAGGAGGAGUACGAGACUAGUGGGCGAGAUGCGAUGACAAUCGAGGAGAUGCGACAGCUGCGAAGUGAGAUGCUUGACAAUCUCAACACCGCGCGAGGAUCUCUGUACUACUCACACGGCCUCGUUUCCCUCCUCCUCAACUCAUCCAAGGUGGAGUCUGGCAGCAGUGGCCCGGGAGGCAGAGCAGGCACGCCCUCGUCGAGCGCAGGAGGCGUGGCCAGGGCAGGUACCGCCACGUCGAUGACUGGCGGAGCGCAGAGAAACGCUCCAGCCUCGCAGCUCCAGCUCAUGAGCAACGCAGCCAAUCUCGAGGCGGAUCUUGGUAUUGAGCCAAACGUCUUUGGCGCUAGCAAGCUCCAGCUCAAAAAGGCAGAGACUGAAGAUGGCGACGAAGACGACGAGACCAAUGAAGACGAUGAGGACGACGAUGAUGGCAACGAAGAUCUGCAAAAGGAGCUCGAGAAGCAACAAAAGCAGGACGCCAGGAUCGACGAGGCAGACUUGGAAGACCGAGCCAGGGAUCUGAUCGAGUGCUACCAGGCCAAACACGACGGCCUUGCAAGUGCCGCCGACAUCCUGGCCAAGGGGGCAAAGGCGCUGAGGGCCUCCUCCUCUAGCGAGGACGAGACCAAACGAUGGGCUGCCCUGAGUGAGGCCAGAAGCGGAGGAUGGGGCCUGGUUCCAGGACGGCCGAUCCGAGUCAAGAAUGGAAAGAGGGAGCUGCUGCCAGACGACGCCAUGAGAAGGAGGGACGAGGCGGCUAGGGAUGCCUGGAUCAGCUAUGCAGCGCCCGAGGCUGCCACAGCGUACCAGAAGAGGGCGCUGGCGUACUACGGCUAUUCAGGCGACGGCAUCGUCUUUGCUGCGCGGCCCAAUCGGACGCUCCAAGUCAGCCUCGUUGUCAAAGAUGCCCAUGGUGCCAAGCCUUCUGUCUGGACGAGCAAGAGCAAGGCCUCUGGUUCUGCCGAUGGUGGUGAGCAAUCAGAGGAGGGGAUCGAAGCACGAUUGCGAAGAGCGCAGAGGGAGCUGGCCGACGUGGAGCUCUACGACGCGCUCCUGGCCGAAUGCAGGGCCCUCUCGUCUGCCUCGCUGGCCCGGACCACGAUCGAGGAUGCGUACAGCGUCUCGCUCGAGAUCAACCCUCUCACCGACAUGUGCUUUUCCAUGGUCGAAAACGAGGACACGGAUACGGACAAAGUUCGACCUGCCGACAAUGAGCAGGACGAUGCUUACUCGCCCAUUGCCAACGUCGUGCUCUCCUCUCUCCGCCUGGGUCUAGGGAAAAAGUACCGGCAACGUGCCGGCAUCGCCAAGCCAGCGAAGCGCAGGGCGCAAGGGAAGGUCGAUGACGUUUUUCGGCGGACCGCACCGCUGCUCGUGCCCGUGCUCGGUCUCAUCCACUAUUCGUCCUUUGUCGGCAAGCUCAAGACUACGCUGGACGACAUCGUCUCGGGCCGAGGAGCGACAUAUGAGCUUCGCACAAUGAGCGGUUCAGUGUAUGCGUCAAAGGUAUUGCGCAGCGCGUUUGAGGAGGAGGAUGAAGAUGAAGACGGCGGGACAGAGCUGGAGCAGGAUGCCCUCGAGAAAGUCAUCGGGGCCCAUGCUACCAUCUACAGUGCUUCCUCGGACGAGAAGACGGCUCCUUCCCGUUCGGCCGUUGCGCUCCUCACCAUCGCAUACCCUUCGCGACUCUCUCUCUCCUUGCCUGCACGCGGUGUCCAUCUACCCUCCAUCGACCUACUGUCCCUGCGUGACAUUCUUCUCGACCAGCUCUCCAAGCCGUGACACCCCAAGCACAACCCAAUCCUGUACAAAAGCAAAUGCGAUUACAGAUUCUCUAUCCAUUCAAGACGGUGGCUGUGCCUCGCACAGCUUUGCGCAAGUCUCUAAGAGCGCCUUGACGUCUUCUCGCUUCUUUCUGGCCUCUACGUCUCCUGCAGCCUGCUUUGCUAGCCCUGCGGCCUUGGUGCGCAGCUUUGGACCAGCCUCGAGGACGUCCAUGAGGCUUCCCAGGCUCGCAUUCCAGCUCGGCGAGAGGUAGAGGAGCAAAUUGAGUGCCGCCGAAGAGCGAUGUACUUUGACAGGAGUCCCAGCAUCAGCGUCAUCCGCUUUAAAGUCACUCUUAUGCCGAGAGGAACACUCACGCUUCUCUUCAUCUGCCUCCUUCUCGGCACUCUCUAGAAGAGCACAUACGAGCUCGACUUCCUCGUCCGUCCGCAGACCGGCAUCGACGUCCGCUGUGGAUCCGUCUGUCCUGAC